UUGUUACUGUGUCGAUGAUGGCUUAGUUAGCGUAGCUGACCCUGCAUUUAUCAGCUGUUCAAUUCUCGAAAUACGGAAUGCAAUGUGAGGGAUAUCCGCAAGCUUGGACUUCUUGAAAGCGUAGAUGUGUUAUAUUCUUAUGUGAAUGUUCCUUAGUGCUGCCAAUAUUUCCAAUCACGUCUUUUCAAUAGAAUUCUUAGAGCGUGUACAUACUUUCUCUUCUCAAUUAGAAUAUUAUACUGCAAGAAUAAAGAUUAAAUAUGUUGAAGACGGAGGUGACUCGUCGUACCAAAAUCCAAUAGUGGCAGGGAAUUCGAAUGCUUCGUAUUCGAUGUAUUUCUUUUCGUGGAAAAAUUUUCCAUACUUAGCAAGUAGAUCGCAAAGACUAAUUUUCUGCUCUUAAUUCCGGUUCCGAUUGUUCAGAGACCUCAAGAAAAGAUAUCGUCGCUCAACAUGUAGGGCUUCUUGGGGUUGCUGGAAGAA